AUGGUUGAGCACGGGAUAGUUCUAGGACAUGUAGUGUUGUCUAGAGGAAUUGAGGUUGAUAAAGCUAAAAUAAAUGUGAUAUCUGCUUUACCUUACCCCGUAACUGUACGGAAAGUUCGUUCUUUUCUAGGACAUGCAGGUUUCUGUCGCAGAUUUAUCAAGGAUUUCUCAAAGAUCGGGGCACCACUUUUCAGGCUUUUGCAAAAGGAUGUCAGUUUUGAAUUCAACGAGGAGUGCAAAGAAGCGUUCGAGAAGUUGAAAAAACUACUCACUUCUUCACCUGUCAUCCAACCCCCUGAUUGGAAUCUCCCAUUCGAAAUUAUGUGUGAUGCCAGCGACCACUCCGUAGGAGCAGUUUUGGGACAAAGGAUGGAGAAAGCGGCGCACGCAAUAUAUUACGCCUCUAGAGCUUUAAAUGGCGCCCAACUCAAUUACUCCACUACGGAGAAAGAACUCUUAGCUGUUGUUUUUGCUUUAGAAAAGUUUAGACCUUAUUUGCUAGGUGCUAAAGUAAUUGUGUAUUCUGACCAUGCAGCUUUGAGGUAUCUGCUGACCAAGAAGGACGCUAAACCCCGUUUGACAAGAUGGAUAUUGCUCCUGCAGGAAUUUGACUUGGAAAUCAGAGAUAAAAAAGGAGCAGAGAAUCUAGUAGCUGACCACCUAAGUCGAAUAUUGGUAGCGGAGGAGGAAUUACCAUUAAGGGAGUCUUUUCCUGAAGAACAUUUACUUUCUAUUAAUUCAUCCCCUCCUUGGUUUGCAGAUAUUGUGAAUUAUUUGGUUACUGACAAAUUGCCCGCAGGUUGGCCCAAGGCAAAAAGGGACAAACUAAAAAGCGAUGCAAAGUACUAUGUCUGGGAUGAUUCCUAUCUGUGGAAACAAGGUGCUGACCAAAUAAUGAGGCGAUGUGGUAUAGAUUUCACGGGUCCCUUUCCAAAUUCUUGUGGAUUUUUAUACAUUUUACUAGCAGUGGAUUAUGUCUCGAAGUGGGUGGAAGCAAAAGCCACCCGCACUAAUGAUUGUAAGGUGGUUGCAGAUUUCAUAAAGUCUAACAUUUUUGUGCGAUUUGGAAUGCCACGGGCAGUUGUGAGUGAUAGGGGAACACAUUUUUGCAACAAAACAAUUGCUGCUUUGUUCAGGAAGUAUGGUGUACUUCAUAAGGUUUCCACUUCCUACCAUCCACAGACCAAUGGUCAGGCUGAAGUCUCGAAUAGGGAAAUAAAGUCUAUUUUGGAAAAGAUGGUCCGCCCUGAUAGGAAGGACUGGAAUUCAAGGUUGGAAGAUGCCUUGUGGGCAUACAUGACCGCUUACAAGACACCUAUAGGGAUGUCUCCCUAUAGGUUGGUAUUUGGUAAGCCUUGCCAUCUUCCAGUGGAGUUCGAGCAUAAAGCAUUUUGGGCGGUUAAGCGAUGCAAUAUGGAUAUUGAGGAGGGCGGAAUUCAAAGGAAGUUACAGUUACAGGAGUUGGAGGAGAUUCGCAAUGAAGCUUAUGAGAAUGCGAUAAUUUAUAAGGAGAGGAAUAAGAUUUUUCAUGACCAACAGAUCUCAAGGAAGACUUCGAGUGUGGGCAAAAAGUUCUACUGUACCACUCCAAAUUGA